CGAGCUUAAUUAUAUACAAAAAUGUCUUCAUCCGACGACUCUUCAGUUGACGAACCAGUUCCGGUGACUAAAAAGGGGAAGGCUAAUGGAAAGAAGGCUGCGGCGCCAGCCAAGGCGGCACCAGCUAAGAAGGCUGCCCCAGCGAAAGGCAAGAAGGCUGCUCAAAAAGAUUCUGACAGUGAUUCGAGCGCAGAUGACCAACCGCCACCGGCAAAGAAUUCCAACAAGAGGAAGGCUGAAACGGACGAAUCUGAGGAUGAUGCUUCUAGUGGUGAUGAUGAGGAAUAUCAACCUGCAAAGAAGAAGGAGACUAAACAACCUCCGCAGAAGAAAGGAAAGGCAGCUGCUAAAAAGUCGGAUUCUGAUGAGGAUGUUUCUGAAGAUGACGCGGAGGAGAAGGAAUCUGUUAAGGCUAAAAAUGGGAAGAAGGAGAAGGGAGGGGGAAAGGCUGCUGCGGCAACCAAUGUUGAAGUCAAUGCCGAGGGAAAUGAGAUGUUCCCAAUUGGUAUGAAACGCUUUGCUGCCAUCAACACUUUCAAAGGACAGCUUCAUGUGGACAUUCGUGAGUACUACCAGAAAGAUGGAGGAAAAUGGCUUCCGGGCAAGAAGGGAAUCAGUCUUACGCAGGCGCAGUUUUUUGAGUUUGAGAAGGUUUCUUUAAACUUUUUUUGAGGGGAAUAGUCUCGUUGGUGUCCCCCUUUUUAUAUACCCCGUUUACAUUGAUUUUUGACCCCAAAAAUAAGCGUGGUCUUCUCCUAUGAUUUUGACCAUUUUAAGCCCUAUAUUUCGGUCCAAAUUUGUUACUUUUUCAAAUGACACAUGAUUCAAGCAUUUUAUUCGGGCAGCCGUAUUUGGCACCCGAGUUUUUUUCGUUUGCCUUGUUGUAUUUGAAAAGUGCUGUUAUUCGUAUUUUGGGGGGUUUGAAUCCUCCUGGGGUGUUUUAUUUUUUUUGACAAUAGUGGAAAUGAAUGGUAGGAAAAGGAGGAAAUGAGCGAGACUAUUAGCCAUUUUUGAUUAUUAUAUUUUUUAGCUGAUAC